AUGACGUCAACAGGACUUGCCAGAUGUAGUCGUCGGGUGGCGCGCGGACUGCUCCUAGGAAGCGGCCGGGUAUGGCGUGACAGCUGUUUUGGCAGAACUUGGGACUUCCCGCUGGCGCCAAGAUCAGGACCGGUUGCUCUGGGGCCGACUCCAGUUGACAGCACGAGAUGGAGGCCAGGGCGCACGUCGGCUGCCGCUCUCCGCUUAGCAGCAGUCCAUGCGUCUUAUUGGCCGGAAGAUCGCGUUUAUACGAGAAACAGAAGAGAGUUCUCCACCAGCGCCCUUCCCAGCGUGUCAUCAUUGCCAGAGAUUAAGGAGGUGCCCGUCACGAAGUGUUUGAUGACGAAGUGGGUGCUGGAGAGGAUCGGAGCAGAUUCAGCUGCCCUCAAGUGUUUUACAGCAGUGGAUACGAAGAAGCCGACAGAUGGGCAAAGCAGAAGCUUCUUUGAGGGGUGGAUUCAAGCCCGAAUAGGCUUCGCAAGCCACCCUUCCCAGGCGUUACGCGAUGCAUUUCGGCGCGCCUAUGAUGCCCGCCUCCUUCGUUGGGGGCGCCUGCUGGAGGUCCUAGAUUGCUUCGCAGGCGACAUUGCAUAUCAUUAUUGUACCCCGGAAGAGGAGGGCUAUUCGAAACUGACGACCUUGAUGGUUACGGCAUCUAUCCAGCGAAUGGAGUUCAGAGAUGCGCCGGAUGAUCGCUCACCGGAGAGCCGCGUUGUGACGGGCCUAUCCGUUGAGGAGGACCUGACACUUAUAGGCUCCGUAACACAAACAGGCGCUUCCUCAAUGGGCAUUAGGAUAGAGAUGCAGCAGGUAAGGCUCGUAGAAAGGUGGCCCAGAACGAUCCUGGUCAAGACCUUCGAGUGGAGCCUGUCAGCGGCUAUAGCGCAGACCCCUCCUUGGCGUAUCCACAAACCAUUUUCUGUGUAG